UCUUUGAGAGUUUCACAUGUUAAUAAUUGUAAUGCUUCAUAUGGUGGACAUGGCAUAUACUGCAGUCCUAAUUGGAAUACCUAACCAUCAGUUCGUUUAAGAUAGGGUAACAUUUUUAGUUUCUCGUUUACAGAAGACAUGGCUCUGUUUUAAAUGUAGUCUUGGAGUAUUCCGAUAACGAAAAGGCGGUGUUUUAUAUGAAAACUUCAGAGGAUUACACUUCCAGGAGGCUGGCAAAGACUUAACCAACGAGUGACACAGUAGAGGCGUUCCCAAUGAGGAGGUCUUAAUCAAUGGCUAGCACGAUGUAUUGUUGCAGGAAUCCACCUGACAUUUUUAUUCGGACAAACUAUUCGCCCCUGGAGUUCUGCGUUCAGUUAUUUCUGGCCUUGCAUACAGUGUCCGGUCUAAAACCCGUCGGAUCCUUAGGUAACGCGGAAGUCGUGAUAGAAAACUUUACAGUGAAAAGCGAUUUCGUCCAGCUGUCGUAUGGACAUCUUCACUCAGAAGUCCUAAUUUACAGAGGCUUUGACCAAACUAAUAUUAGAAAUGUAUACGCGGUACGUUAUUGUGAUCAAAGCAAGCCCAUGAUCGAACCCCAAUUUUGUGGACAAUUGUACAUCCGAGAACGCGGCAGAAUUGCGCUUUUUCUGAUGCAGGUUUCUAAAAUCUGGUUACCCAGUCGCAGCUAUGAAGUAACGGUUAUUCCCCAUAUAUCAACCGGAUACAAAAGGUUCGUCAUCAAGCCAUACUCCUUUAACGUUCUAAAGACUACAGCAUGUGCCCGAUGGUGUUUCAUAAAAUCGGCAUGGAGAGAGAAUAUAAACUUCGGUAAGUAUACUAACAUAGGCAACGGAUAUGCCAUGCUAAUUGUCGGUCUGCCUCUCUCAACAACCGAGUUCCAAAAGGCCUGUGCUGAAUAUCCUGAACACCCGAUGAAGAUUCGGUUCGGAUUGUUGACAUCGUUUGGAGUUAACAGUCAAGUGAUUCUGAGAAACGCUCGCCUCAGACACUUUAUUUUGCUUAUACCAAUGAUUCGAAACGUAGCGCCUGCAGUUCAGCUUGGUGGAUAUAUUAAAUGUCCACGCCGUAAACCACUUCCAAUCUAUGGAAGGAUAACUCAUAUGGACCACGAGGAAAGGGAUAGUACUUUCGGCGAUACCUUUGUUCGUCAUUUCCUCGCACUUCUCGUCACUCUUCCCUCGUUUGAGUCAAAUUUUGAUCCUAUGAGAUGGAACGUACUGACUUUACGAGAUGUCAUUCUUAAAAAUGUAGUCCUCACCGGUCUGUCGAGCUUCGAGCGCGCAGAUAAUUUUACCCGUGCAGACUCAACUAACGAGCGGAUAUUCCUUAAGGCUCCUAUGAUUGCCCAGUUCUUAGAACUAGAUACCGAAUGGUAUUAUAGAAGGUUCACAGGACGUAUCAGAAUAAAAUAUCGUAGCUUUGGUGUCGCCUUCAAUAUCACAUAUGAUGGAUAUAAUACAUGGACAGACAACUAUUUAACUUACGGGUUUAUUGGGAUGCAUACUGUUGUGUCAAUGACCGGAGACUUUGAAGUACCGAGUAGAUAUAGCGGUGAUGCGGCUGCAUACAUAACACAGGAUUAUGGUCACGAGUUAACUGUAUAUUCUGAAGAACUUCGUAAUCGUAUUAAAGCCAUUUUGCUUGGUCAUGCCAAUACGAUCCUAAAACAAAUAAAUCUUCCUGUUUACUUAGAAACAUAUGAAUUUAAUAAAACUCUUGGCUAAUAAAUGUUUGAA